AAAUGGCGACCUCCUUUCAAGGUUGACCACAUUGUUAGCGAAAAAUGAGUAAACGAAAAGCACCUGAGCAGAAUCCAAACAGUGAUUUUUGUGAUUUCCUUAUCGGUGAGUCCUUCCUUUAUUUGAAAAUCAAAAUAGUUUAUAUUUGUUUUUUUUCUCUUGGAAACAGUGCAUACUGAUUUUGGAGAUCGGUAUAUUUGACUUAGCGCCUGCAGGCUAAUUGACAAAUAUUGAAAACAAAUAUUCGGUUUCUUUUGAAGAGCUUGCAGAAUACGAAAAGAACGUGUCAAGGCAGAUACACAAGCACAAUGCAUACCGGUGGGUAUAUGAAAAGUUAUGAUUAUUUUUUAAAUUUCAUAAAUUUCUCUAUGAAAUGGUAUUGAUUUUUUAUGUAAAUAAUUUUGGAAGCUUUGCUCUAAUGACAUUCCAUCAUUAUUCCUUUUUGCAGAGUGAAAAUAAGCAUCUAAUACUGUUAAUGCCUUGUGGUUUUGUACCAUACAAUCAAUUCAAUGUUGGGUAAAAUUUCUGCACAGCCCUGUACUACAUUAUGCAUUCAAUUCUUGGAUAGAGAAAACAAUGACAAAAAACAAUACAUUGCCAUUGGGAAAACAUAUUUGUUUUACAAUAGUAUGGGGCUGUGUGGAAAUUUUACCCAAUGUUGUACUAUGGCAAACAAAAUCUUUUAUAACAGGGAAAUUUAGUAUUAUCAACUGGGUUAAUAAUGUAAAUUAGCCACCUUAAAGAGUUGUUUAGAUGGCAUUUCAAGUGUUAGCCCCUCUCCCACCAACGCAGCACCACUGUUUCUUAGGAAACUUACCCACUUUAUUCAAAAUAUUUUACAUAAAAUUAUAUAUUAUCUGUUUAUGUAGUGCUUGAGAGCCUCAUUGAAACAGUAUGUGCAAAUUAUCAAAAUCAACCAUGGAUCAUGCUAAAGAAACUCUUGAUUAUUCAACCAAUUCUCAUUGUCAGCACCUUGGGAAAUAUAUAGUGGAUGCUAUCGAGAAUGUGGAUAAUGAUGUUAGGGGGUAAAGGGUUAAAUAGUGGCUCAAGGCCUUACUUGAACCUCAAUAUUAUUGAAAUAUUUUUGGUUUUCUCCAAAGUUGGUCAAAUAUUUGAAAUAACCAAUUAAUGAUAUUUUAUGUUUAAUUUGAUUUGUGUUGAUAUUUAUAUGUUAAUGACCUAUUUUUCUUCUAUGGGAAUGCCCUGAAGCUUUGAUUUUAUGACUGAGUGGUUAUUUUGUCAUGAGGAAAUUUUAGUUGAUAAGUUUGAUAAAAGGUUGACAUAGUUCUAGUGGGUGAAAUUUUGAAACAGAUUAGGUUGAUGAAGAAUACAAUCUUACAUUUUUACUCAACAGCCAUUCUGAAGAGAAAAAAAAAACUGGCUCAGAUAGAAGAGAAUGAAGACCAAUCCUUUCAAAGUUCAAAUACCUCUAUCUCUUUAUGCUUGAUUAUAUGAAACACCGGGCUUCAAUCUUGGUUUUCAGAUUGGUUGUGAAAUGGCUCAUGAAAAGUUGUUGUCUCAUCUCAGGGACACAUUCAGGAAACCUUUAUGGUUUGGGGGAGGGAGGCAACUAACUUUUGACUAACCCACAUCUCCUUCCUUCCCCUCAAACCCCCCCCUCCCUUCCUUAAUUUUUUCACUUCUGUCAGCAUCUAUCUCUAAGUACCAAUAUCCUUUAAUCCAGGAAAGCUGCAUCAGUAUUAGCAAAGCACCCAACUCGCAUAAAAAAUGGACAAGAAGCACGUCAAUUGGUAAGCUACAGGUUUGCAUUCAUCAAUUUCUGAAAACCAAAAGUAUGGAAAAGAAUUAGUUCUAGAAAAGUCAGCUCCACUUUAAAGGUCUAUAUGCACCUGUUUUCAAUUGAUGACUGUUGUACCUAAGACAUGGAACGCAGCUUGAAUUAAAGACUUGUUGAGGAAAGACAGUGAUCAGCUUAACAGAGCAAAUUUGAAUUGAGUUAUUGAGGUAAUUUAGGAUUGGAUUGGUUUUGCUUUACUUUGCUUGAUCUGUAAUUGGAGGGCUCAGAGCAAGAACAAUCCCUUGAUUUUUCGGCCAUUUUUGAAAGUGUCCACAUGCCAAAAUUCAACUACUUCUGAACACUUUCAAAAAUGGCCGAAAAAUCAAGGGAUUGUUCUUGCUCUGAGCCCUCCAAUUAACCAAGAAAAUGUACUUAUGCCACCUUCUCAACCAAACAGAUGCAAAACUUAUUAUAAACAAGCGUCCACUUGGUAAAUUGAAUUUUUCUGUGCUCCAAGUUAGUAGCUUUUCUUGCUUUGAGUUUUCAUCAGCUCAUUUCAAUAUUGGUCUUUGCCCUUUUUUGGCUGUGAUUUCUAUGGUUUGGUUUUACUACUCGCAAUCAAUCUUUGUUCUAUUAUCAAUGGGUACUGCACUAACUGUAUUAUCUAUUAAUUAAAGUUUGGAACCGGGAUUAAAUUUAUUCUUACCAUCAUUUUAUCAAUGUACUUUUCUUAAACUUACGAUGUGCCAGCCUGGGAUUGGAGAUAAAAUUGGGAAGAAGAUAGAUGAGUUUAUCAAAACAGGAAAGUUGGAAAAGCUUGAAAAGGUAAUCAUGAUUAGACACCAUGCAACAAUCUUUUUUUCUAAGUCUGUUUGUUCAAAGCUGGGUUUAGACAACCCAUAUUAGUGUGAAAUCUGAUUUGAGAUCAGAAAGCUUAAAAAAAAACAAAUUCAGUACAAUUCUUUUGUUUACAGUUUGAUGAUUGGAUGCAGCAUAACAAAUAGAGAGAAAUAUCCGAAAAAAACUUUUGAAUAGAGGAAUAACCAAACCAGGAUUAAAACUUUAACCCUGGGUUAGCUAGGGGUUUCAAUGGCAUUCUUGGAAAGUGACUGCCAAUGAUGUAAUUGAUGGCUGUAUGGAAAGGUGAAACCCGAGCACAAGAGCCUGCUCUCAUGCUAAGCAGACAGUGGUGACAAUUGUCAUUGCUGGCGCUAGCUUGCCUGUAACUGGCUUUUGUUGAAACUGUUGGUUAGUGCAAUCAGCCUUUGAACAACUGAGUGUAGGUUUUAAAAGUCAUAUUCAACUUGUAAUAAGUAUUCAUAAUCAUUACAGAUUGACUCUAACACCCCCCCUCAACUUCGGCUUCUUAUCAAGUAUCCCCAACACAUGAGCCAAUUGGCCCAUAGGGUGCCUGUACUUUCCCUGAUUUUCAUAGUGUGAAAGGACUAGGAGUAUUGUGACUCUUCCCUGGAUGGGAUGCCUCUCCUCCUGCCUGCCUCCCUCAUGCUUCCUUGACAGUUCACUGGUACCAUUAAUAUUUCAGGAUAGAGAGAGGUGUAGUGACAGUCCAGAAUUUAGUGUCUUACCCAAUGAUACAAUAUUGGAAAGCAGUGAAAAGGCAGGCAACCAAAAAUCAGGGGGGGCCAGGCAAAGAAAAAAAUUAGCCAGACAACAACUCAACUAGGUUCCCCUCACUGAAAGUUUUCUCUUUUCCUUGCCCCACUUUUUGCCAACACCCCCUCUGACCCCCUCCCCCACCUCCUUAAACUGAGAGCCUGGAACAAGCAAACACGACACUAUGACCUCAAUCAGGGCUAGGACCCAGACCUUUUUAUCUGUCUCUUGGCUAUUGUAUUUUUAAAGAUUACUGCUGCUUUAUGUGAUUCUAAAAUUUUUUCAGAUAAGAGCAGAUGACAGUACCAAAGCCAUACAGGAGCUGACAAGAGUGUCUGGUAUUGGGUGAGUGAUUUUUACUAUAACAUUUCUGGUUUGAGAGGUUAGAUCAGUUUUAAACUUGAAUUGCAUAACUUUAAGUUUGCUUUAUGAAAAAUGUAAAUAUCAGACUGAACCGAUGUUUUAUAUUUCAAAUUAUUUUGUAUUUUGCUUAGGUGCACACAAUGUAAUUAUUAUUGAUAUUAACUGUUAUUUACAGGUCACAUGGUAAACUUUUAAUUUGGUUCACAAAAGGGAACUUAAGAAAAAUUGCAUGCAGUGAAAGAUAACCUUUUUUUUUUUUUUUUUUUUUUGUAUGCAGGCCUGCUGCUGCACGCAAGUUUGUAGAAGAUGGAGUGGCAUCAGUAGAAGGUAGCCUAAGCUUACAAGUAAAGUGUCAAUCAACUGCAGCCUACAGCAGGCUGAUACUUUGUGCAUGUUUCAUAAAACUAAUGUAAAAGACCAGCAAGGGUUUAAUGCUUUAUUCAAAAAUGACAUAGGUUAAGUCUCUUAAGCAAGAAUGGGAAAACUCCUUUAUUGAUAAUUUAACUUUAACAACUUUUGUCGGGUUGCAUGGUUUUCAAAACUGCAAUACUUUGUGGUAUACUGUUAUACCAUUCUGUUAUUUUUUUUGUAGGAUUGAAAAAGGUUCAAGAACGUCUUAAUCACCACCAGAAAAUUGGACUCAAGUAAGUGACAUGUAAACUGAAGUUAACGCACAAUGAACUACUUAAUAAACUAGUAUUUUUAAGUCCUUUACAUUCAAGUCAUGUAAUGGUACUAUUGUCACUCUUGCAAUUAGACAAUUUAGGAAAAUUUAUUUUCUCAGACAUACCAAAGUUACUGUUAAAUUAAAUCUGAAUGUACUUUCAGAUAUUUUAGCUAAACUUCCCUCCUUAAUGACUAUAUAAGUACCACUUUUUUUAUAUAAUUUUAGAAUUUUCUUUUCCUAUUUUGGUUUCUGAGGGUUACUUAUUUUAGAGCAUAAUUAGCUCCUUGUGGACAAUUUUUCGAAAACAUGCAAGAAACAUGACUUCUGUGUUUAUUUGAUGGCAGAACGAAUAAAUGUGAAAUUACUCUGAUUUUGAGUUGCAGCUUUCAGAAAGUCACUUCUUUUGAGGUGUUGCUACCUUUGAAAAGUUUUUGCGAACAGUUUUGCAAACAGUAAUCACAUUCUUUCACUAAGUUCAGUGGGUGUUUGCAAUGAGAAUUCUAUCAAUUUUUUAAAUUAGAUAUCUCGAAGAAUUUGAGAAGCGCAUACCACGAGAUGAGAUGCUGCAACUUCAGGUAAAUACAUGUGGAUGACAGAUCUGGUAGAAUGAUUGAGCAAACCUGACUUUAGAUCUUUCUAAUCUCCUUAAAAGAACAUGUCAGCUUAGACCUUGUAACUUUGAGCUAGUUUUAGAAUAAUGUGGUUUCUUCACUCUUAGUCUUAUGACCAUCUCCUCAAACUUUCAAAAUUUCUCAAAUUUUCAAGCCAAAAACUGCAUUUAAUUUUCUCUAUUGAUUUUCUAUCCUCUUCUUGUUUUUGUUUGCUUGUUUGUUUGUUUUUUAAGGUGUGUAUCUUCUUUCCCACAAAUGUGUCCAACAUGUCGUAAUUUGUCAAAACUUCUUUUGCCUCCCAGGAAAUAAUCUUGAAGAAAAUAGAAAAGUAUGACAAGAAUGUUGUCCCAACAGUUUGUGGAAGUUUUAGGAGAGGUAAUUACAGUAAGAAAAAUUAAAGAAAAUGUCAUCAACUUCGGGCUAAAGGAUCUCUUAUUUCCUUAACUCCUGUGAGUGACCAAGACAGAAUUUCUCCUUACUUUAUCUGAUACAAUAUCAUGUGGACAAGUGAUGAGAAUAAAGAAAAAUAUCAAUUAUGGGAUUACUGAUGGAUCCAAUAUUAAAUUCUCCAAACUAACAUGAUGAGAAUCAUUUGGUAGACAGUAAGGAGAAUUUCUAAUGAGAUCUUGGAGUUAAAAGGUUAAAGGUGCUGAAUAUCAAUGGUACAUACCUUGAAACAGGUUUCCACUGAAAUGGCUCAUGCACUUUGUAAGCUUAGUCUUCAUGGGUUCAGCAGGAAAGAAGACAUUCAUGAUAACCUAGUUGUGACCUUAUGAUAGAUUGCAUUCUAAAUGAGUACCAUGGAACCAAACCUAACGUGAUCGUUGCCGCCUCAGAGAACCGACAAAUUUUUGUAUAACUAACUCAAAGUGAAUACAUGUUAACACGCGCGAAUAUGUGAAUAACCAAGAAUCAGUUGACUUUCGUUUUGCACCUAAAUUGGUGACAGGGUUAGCAAGUUGCCCACUACAGCUGUCUUAGGACGAAGUGAAGCAAAAUCAGUGCAAUUUUAUAUGGUUUUUUUGGCCCUCAAAUGAAUUGGUGGUCUCAUGACAAACCCAUGCACUUGUCCUUCAACCGGAGCCACUAAGCCCUUCUAUUUUCUAAUUUACAAUUUCAGGUGCCUCUUCUAGUGGAGACAUUGACGUAUUAGUGACACACCCUUCGUUUGUGUCUACCGAUACCGACUUUGACAAGGUGAGAGAUUUAAAUAGUGAAGGGAGCGUCUCCUUCGUUGUUCGAAAUAUAAACGGUAUUAACCUUGAAUGUGACGCUGUAACCAAACUUUAGAAUUUCGCAGUUGGAUAUCUUCGAAAUGGUUCUUUGCUCUUUGAUUCUGGGUCAAACUGGAAUUUUUUAAUUCAAUUUUUAGAAAGAUCGGGUUGAUCGGGUUCUUUGAAAUUUGAACAUGCUAUCAAUGUCAAAAUUUCGUGUAAACUUUUUAAGAGCAGACAUGAAAAUUAUGUGGUUUCUGGACCAUGCUCCUCCUUUUAACUCAUAAUUAAUGCUAAGUUCGUAUCGAACCUGGGCUAAUGCGCCAUCCACCCUCCCAUCUCAAAGUUCCACUAUAAUUUUUUCCUUUGCAAUAAGCUUCAUUUUGUUUUUUUAUAUUAUGAAAUUAAAAUAUUUUUCAAUUUUCAAUUGCAGAAGGCUCUUCUGAGUGGUAUCGUUGACACGCUGACUAAAGCGGGCUUUGUGACAGAUUCAAUAUCCCUCGGUGAUACUAAGUUUAUGGUAAGGAUUCCACUGCAGUAGUAUUUGCAAAUCUUAUUGAACAAACCUCUAGAACAACAAAGGCUGUUAAUGCUCCCUUAAGCAUUCCCAAGCAAUCUCAAAUAAAUGAUGAAUUUUUGCAUAAGUCCAUCUAAAACCCUUCCGUACUUUUAUCUGUUAUUUCUUUCCCCUUAAUUUUUUCCAUUUCUUUGUGUUUCAUCACCUUUUAUGAUCACCUUUUCUCUCUUUUUCUGGCCGUUUCUUUGGUUGAUAAUACCUCGAUGCUUUCGUGUCUUCGUCCCUUCGUGCCUUCGUGCUUUCGUACCUUCGUGCCUUCGUCUAUUGGUGUCUCUUUGCGUUCUCCCAUUCGUCUCUCCAUCCGUUCGUUUCUUCGAGCGUUAAGGCCUUUUGUGCCUUUGUGGCUUGGUCCUUUGCAUCUUUGAUCCUUUCGUAUUUACUCUUCCUCAAUUAUAUCCAAAAACUUUAUUUUCUUUGGUUGAUUACCUGUUGUUCAAGCCAUUUGAUCAAAAUGUGCACUUGCAGUGUGUAGCACGCACGCGGAUAAACCUUUCGGCUGAAGAACUUACCUUGGUAGAUCAUAGAAAGUGCAGUUGUCAGUGAUGAUUCAUUACUUUGAUAGGGGGUCUGUAUCCUACCGAAAUCAGAAAAACCAUUACAUAGAAGGAUUGAUAUCAGGUACGGAAACGAUUGUCUCGUGAUUUAGAACUAGAUUUUUAUUAGCAUAAACAAACUUAUUCAUGCCAAUUAAGAUUUUCAAGCAGAGAACAUCGAAAUUUCCUAGGUCGUUUAGGAAAAAAGGUGAAUUUCUGUUUCAGGAUGAAGCCCUCUUGGCACCAUUUAGAAAAACCAACGUUUAGUUUUUGUAAGUGCCAACCGUCCACAAGUUCAUAAUGUUGACAAGUUAACCCUUUAAGCCCAAAGGGUGACUAGUUUCUAAUUUCUCCCAACAGUAUCGCCCCUGAAUCACACAUUAAGGUCGUGAGAAUAAAGGAAAUGAUCACUAAGUAAAGAAAAUCUCGAUUAUUUAACAAAUUAUCCUUGUCGGCAUCUUUGAAUAUUCAUUGAGAGUAAAACCUUUCUCUAAUGCCUCGUGUCGCAUUCUUCUGUUAAAUUCGUCACUGCCAUACUACUUAUAAUAAGCAGUAGUGAAAGUAAAUACUGGAAAAACUCAGGCCUGUAUGGGAGUUGAACCCAUGACCUCUGCGAUGCCGAUGCAAUGCUCUUCCGAGCUCACGAGCCAACUGGGAGCGGGCCAUUGUGUUGGUUCAUGAUAAACCCGUGAAGAUAUGAAUGAAUUACUGCAUAUGUGAAUUACUGAAAAUCAUAUUUGUGAUUUUCAUUUAUUCACCGUCAGUAUGGAGGAUACGCAUACUGAUGUUAAGGUGUCACGAAGGGUAACUGAACUACUUAAUCUUUCAACUAUUGCAGGUUAAUCCCUAAUGAUCAGUACUUCUGUGGGAUUUUGUACUUCACUGGCAGUGACGAGUUUAACAGAAGAAUGCGACACGAGGCAUUAGAGAAAGGUUUUACUCUCAAUGAAUAUUCUAUACGGUAAGUGUCUUAUGAUAACGUGCGAAUAGAUACGUGACGAAAGUAUUUUCUGAAGCAGACAACAGAAUGAAGUAGAGCACGUCGUCGACAAGUAACAAGGGACCUUAAGCAAACCACGACGGCGGCGGCAACGAGGACAUAGAAAAACAAAAGAUCUAAUUGGCAGAACAAUAGCUCAGCACGUGUGUUUUAAAACUUUGUACAUUUCUUAGCCGUCCCAUGCAAAACAACAACUUGAAAUCAGCACAAUUUGCGUCGUCUGCGAACCGAAACCGCGACGGCAAAUUACUUUAAGUUCCAUUUAGAACUCAACGCUUCUUUUAUACGUUAUGGUGAAUUUAAGGUGUGGCGUCGUAUGAGACGGUAAACACAUGCAACCAUUUUUGAAAUUCUAAUUAAAGGCAGAAAUUCAUUUUUAAUCGAAGACUUCCUUGGCGUUGCCGUCCUGACUGCUUAAGGUCCCUACUAUCUUCAUCACGACACUUCAGUCUUGCUGUUAACCACCUUGAAGAAUCGCAAUCUCGUAUACAAUAUUGAAAGCAUUUUUUCCUUCCAUUUCAGGCCACUGGGAAGCACAGGUAAGGUUUUUUUUUGUAUAGUGCUUUUAUGGAAAGUAAUGACAGAAAUGCCCCUGGCAACUGUGUUCCACUAUGGUCGAGUGCCCGCCCGCGAUGCAAAGCGGAACGCGGUUACCACGAGACUGGCGAUCACCAUAGAUGUACUAUCUAUAAAAUUGCUUUGGGCAUUUGGUGUAGUUGAAAUGCUGGAGCAUGACGGUGACGCGGUUCGUGGCGGCCAGCAUGCCCUGCUCCGAAUGGAAAUAUUUGGGUUGAACUCUUCGCUCGAGUCAUAGAUCGAGACCUUACACUCUUACACAGUCCCUCUCCGCCCAGGAGUAUGACUAAGUACCCGCCAACUGUACGGGAAACCUAGCGCGAUUAGGAGCCUGCUUCUAGUCACAAUGCUAAAUGCUAAAUGUAUCGACAUCUCUAUGUACGUGAAGUCGUCGUGGACUUUACUGUGGCAUCAUUGAAAUGACAGCUUUUACUCAGAGUUUGUCAUUGCCGUUUAGGUGUACCAGGAGAACCGAUUCCAGUCUCAAGUGAACAAGACAUCUUUGAAAUAAUCGGCAUGGAUUACAAAGAACCGACUGAGAGGAAUCUUUGAGGGAAAUUGCGUCCCAAAAGUCAUUGAUAAUUUUCUCUAAAGCCUUUGUUGUGUGCUUCUCGUACAAUCCACGUUGAAUAACUCUAUUACGGACAUUGCUCUCGCCUCGAGGUUCGAUCGAGGUUGUCAGUAAGCUAUUAAAGCUCUAUCAAAUAAACUAUAACAGGGCUUGAGGACUGAUGUUGGAAAAAGUGAGGCUGUACUUAUAAAUAUACAUUUAUUUAGACGGUGCUACCUUUGUAUUGAUGGUCUCAAUGUGGUAAUGGCUUUUAC